GAAUUGUCUCCCCAUCAUUACAGAACUCAGACUCACUUUCAUGGCAUAAUGGUAACGACUGCAUGGAUCAACAUUCCAAAAACUACAGUGUUUCCGCAAAUUCAUUCUGGAAAAUCUUCUGUUUGAUUCUACUCACCAAUAUAACCAAGACCAAAAUGGGGAGUUGUCAUCCUGUUCAAAGCUUUGUGGCAUAAUGGAUAGUGGUCACAGAUCUCGGUAAAUACAGCAUAAGAAUGGAGACGGAAGAUGUACCACAGUACACCUGCAGCUUCUGCAGCGAAGACUUCAGCAGCAAUCAGCGCGCUUACAGAAACACUUGAAGAAGCAUGGCAAGAUGGCACUCCAGUGUGCUGUAUGUGACAAGACAUUUUCGACCCCUGCAAACUUUGACCGGCAUAUGAAACUGCAUACAGGGAUGGGGUCCUUCAAAUGUGAUGUGUGCGAUAAACGCUUCUCGGUGUCCGGACACCUGACCAGACACAUGAGAGUUCACACGGGGGAGAAACCGUACAAAUGUCACAUGUGUGAUAAAGCUUUUUCGACUUCCGGCAACCUGACCAGACAUAUAAAAUACCAUAAUGGGGUCCAGCCAUUCAAGUGCGAAAUUUGCGGAAAAGCAUUUACUGUUUCGGAUAAUCUUGUGAGACAUAUUCGGUCUCACACUGGAGAGAAACCGUUUAAGUGUACUCUCUGUGAGAAGGCUUACAGUGACUCCAGCAAUCUCACGGAACACAUGCGUGUGCACACAGGGGAACGCCCACACAAGUGCACAUUGUGCAGCAAGUCAUUUGCAUACUCGUCAAGUAUCAACCAGCACAUGGCUAAACACAGGCAAGAAAAGCCCUUUAUUUGUGGAGAAUGUGGCAAGAUGUUCUCCCGCACAUCAAUUCUCAAGGAACAUCUGAGAACACACACAGGCGAGAGACAUAAGUGUGAGACAUGCGGCAAGAAGUUCAAAUGGGAUUCCGACUUCCGUAAACAUAUGAAGGAUCAUACCAGAAUCAUGUUGGGGAUCUGUAAACCUCGUACAAGGGGAAGACCAGUGAAGAUCAAAGCUCUAGCAAGAGAUAUUGACAUAGCUGGUAGCCAUAUUGACAUUGGAAAUAUUGUUGACAGCAAUGGUGUCAUACACAGUGAUGGUGUUGUUGACAGUGUCAUAACUGAUGUUGAUGAAGGAACUGUUGACAAGCCACGUUUUGCUAAAAACUUUAUUGUCAACAAAGACAAUGUGAACAAGAAAAGGGAUGUUGAUGAAAGUAAUAUCUGUUAUGAUGAUGACGUACAUGAAAAUGAUGAACUGGUUGAAGAUGAUAAUUGUGACAAUGGUAAUAUAGAUGAUGAUAUUGAAGAAGUGGUUGACAGUGAUGAUAUUUAUGAUAUGUCUCACAAAACGGAAAUGGUUGACAGUGAUGAGUUGGUUGACUGCGAUGUUAAAGAGAGUGUUUACAUAGAAAAUAUUGCUGACGAGAUUGACUGGUAUGAAAAUAAUGAAAAUGUGUAACAAAGUAAGGAGAUAGUUGAAUGAAUGCGAAAUGACAACAUGUCAUAUUUCCAUCAGUUUUCCCUCAUUCUUUAAGUCAACAAGGAUUAUAUCUAGCGAUCUUCAACAAUCAUCCAUAAAAAUUAUUCAUUUGUAUGCACAAUAACCCUUUGUUGUUGUGUUCAUGUUUCUCAUUAUUUGAAAUUCACAGUAUUGCCAGUAUAUUACUCGCAAUGCAAAGUAUUGGCAGUAUACUCCUAGCCAUACACAGUCUGCCCCUGCCUGGCUUCGCGGAGUUCAUUAACAGGUCAUACCAAAACAAGUAAAUAUGGUACUUGUUGGUCCCUGCCUGGCGCUCUGCAUUAAUGGGU